CAAAACCAACAAGAAAGAGAAGUAGUCAAUAUGUCAUUUCCGGGAUGCGAGACGAUCGGCGACAGUAAGCCGCCUCGCUUCGUAAUAUUGAGCUAAUAUUUUUGUGACUGCGCCUGUCAGAAGACAGUAUUUUCCUCAGUCUCUGGGAGCGACGUGUCUAUAAGGUGUUGACGUAAGUGCUCCGUGCUCCGCAACUACCGUUAAAAUGAAGAAAAAGAGCUCAGAGAAAAAACGCCAUGUGGUGGCGUGGCUCAACAAAGCUGAGUGGGAUCAAGUUCUGGAGUAUCUUUACUCCAAGGAUUCAGCCUUACAGAGGUUUGCACUUAAGAGAAUAACUGCUUGGAAAGGCAGAUAUGCCAACAGCACCCCUGUCGCAGUGGAUUGCACUGCGGACCUGGUGAGGUGCCAGGUGCUGGACAGGUCAGGACAGCUGGAUGGAGACGACCUUGUAUUGCUCUAUGGAGCGGCCCUGGUGAGGUUUGUCAAUCUGAUCACUGAACGACAGCAGGGGAAAACAGCCCGGCCACUCCGGCGGCUGGCUGGGAACCUAAACAUCCCGGAAUGGGUUGUAGACCUGCGGCAUGACUUUACACACCGAAAGCUCCCGACGUUGAAGUGGUGUCAGAAGGGAUGUAAGGUGGUUCUAGAGUGGCUUCAGCAGGAGUACUGGUCCAGGCAGCUGGGAGGAGGGCCAAAUGAGGACUGGGAGUCACAGUCGGAUGGAGAGGAUGAAGGUAUUGACCAGAAACACCAUGAGAAUGAGCUCAUAGCAAGGCAAAAAGAAAUGGAAACCUACAAGAAUGCACGGGAACUUCUUAUAAACUUUGAAAAGGAGCAGUACCAGGCUUUUGAUGGGCUACCUGAGGACAAGGAGAAGAGCUCAUGGCCAGCCCCCUUUGCAGACAUGAGCUGGUUACUCGGUGAGAUCAAGCAGUUUGCUUUGGAGUCAAGUGAUAUGCUGGUGGAUGUGUUGUUGGAAGAUGGUUUCCUGGUUCCAACUGUUGAACAACUGGAAACAUUAGGCUGUGACACUUGUGACAAUGCAUCUCCCACUGAACCCAGAGUCCCUCAAACCUUCAUGCGUUUUUGGCUGCCUCUCCUCAAGAUGCUCAACUCACCAUUCUUUAUUCACCUCCUGCUGGAGAAGCUCUUUGUUGAACUUAAGCUGCUUGCUAAAGAGCAGAAUAAUCACAGGGCUUUCUACAUUUCUGCCUGGAUUUCAGAAGUCCUAUUCUGUAACAGCAACAAAUUUGAAUUCCAUUUUCAAACAAAGGUACAGAAGAAGGCCAGAAUGAAGGACAGGAUUUUUGUAAAUCGCAUCCAGCUGCGUUGGCAGCAGCUGCUUUCAGCAUGCCUGGAUGCUCCCUGCAUCAGCACGCCCCACCUGCUCCAGUUAAUCCUAGAUGACAUGGAGCAUCCUCUCCCUCUGGAAACUCGAGAGAGGCUGAUCCAGCUCUGCUCCAUCUACACACAGACUGAACACUCACAAUUUGAUACUUCUCUGGAGCAGAAACAACAGCCGAUGUACACACUGGAGAGUCUGCAUGAGAAGCUGCAGCUUUCAUGGCGCCACAGCCAUCUACAGCGCUCUACAGCUGACUUGGAGAGAAGUAUGUCCUCCCAGGAGUACCAGUGGGCAGAUGCUCAGGCUGAAAAAGCAAAAUUGCUUCGAGGUUCACCUUGGCAGGUGUGCGUUGAUAAAGUUUUGUGGAAGAACUAUCCUCUUGGUAAAGUCCCUGGACAGUCAGAUGACCCCUCCUGCCUCAUGGUGGAAAACUACUCAACAAUGACUGUCUUUGACCAACAGGUAGAGUUGGAGAACAAUACAACACACAAUGCCCCAGGAGUCUCUGCGCCAGUGAGAACAGCUGAUGGCCUUCUUUGGAACCACAGCGACCUUAACAAGCUGAAAUCUGGACUGCAACUUUUUUGAGUCAUGUGGUAAUGCUGUGAAAUAUAGCUCCUUCCAUGCUGGGACAUUAUUGAACUGGCGCUUUCUGCUGUUUUGACACUUGAAAACAAAUAUUCAAAAUGUGUAAACUUCAAUUGAAUCUAGAGUUUGGUCCUGAAUGAAAAUUAUAUGUAAAGAAGUGGAUUACCAUUUGAUAUAAAAGUCAUUCUUUUCAGAUAUUGAUCCAAUGUAAUGCCCUGUUUAAUAUUAUUAAAAAAAGUAACCUUUGUUUUCAACUGUUGUGUGAAGCAUUCAUGUAGUGUGCUGUGUUGAUAACAUUUUCAACAUGUGGCUAAGACAGAAGUAGACCUAGUGCACACUAUUUAACAAAUCAUUUAAAACAUACUGCACAUGGUAAAGCAAGAGUAGGUUGGGAUCUGGUUAAUUCAUUAUGAUGGUGUAUUAGUUGUGUGAGGUUUUUUUUUUUUGUUUUUUUCUUGCACCUGUCAUGCAACUUAACUUGCACUGAUAACACAGUUGUUGGUUCUUUACAAAUGGUUUUGGAAAACCCUGCCAAAAGGGGACGUUAUUGUACGCACAAGGUGGUUUUUGUGUAAUGCAUCUUUUUUUGGUGUACUUACGUGAAAUAAAAAAUGUAGUCUUUU